AUGGAUGUGAGACUUAACCUGUUCGGGGUGCGGAACUGCGACGUCUUAAGUGUUCGACAAUCUGUGCCCCAGAACCAUAGCUCGUGUUGGUUGUGUCGGCAUAUCCGUAGCCGGGUACUUCCACUGAAGAAUGUGUCCAGCACCAAGAGCUGUGUUGAUUGGGACUUAAUGGAAAAUUUCUGCCGACAGCGAGGUGGCCAAAAUGUUUGGAACACGAAAUCCCUGACCGGAAGUUCCAUGUUUCAAACUCGAACUCUGCCUAUCGACGUCCCCUGUCUAGGCUUCAGCAACCUGGUAGUAUCCCAGCCCUCGUGA